UGAAACCAUGUUCAUGGACUAGGCCCUUACUGUCAACAAACCUCAGGUAUUAAGAACCAAAAAGCAUAUAAGCUACAAGAAGAAAUCCCUAGACCAGUAGAAAUACACCAGUAUAUAAUAAAUACUGCUAUUUAAUGAGAAACCAUGACAAAUUUCUGAAAAUAAGCUACCAUGAAUAUCUCUCCCAUGUUUGAUUGGUCUUGGGGUCUGGCAGAAUUUUCAUCUUCCAGAGAGAAGAGUCCUAGUGGUUGUUCCUCUGCAUAUGAGAGCUGACUUCUAUCCUUCAGAGGAAAAACCACAGAAAAGGAGAAGAGUGAAGAUGUCCCCCAUGGCUCUAGUAAAAAGGGAAGAGAAGCCAAAUAGAGAAGGCAGAAAAUAUCUUGUCCAGAAGAAAGUAGAAUAAGAAAUAAAGAAAAUUAAUCAAAAGGAAGAGAGCUCAGAAUACUUGUGUUUGGAAGCCAUGCUUCCAGGAAGACACAACUUCCUAGUAUCUCUAGGUUUAUAGGGCAUUCAGGAAGGACUAGCACCCUGACUAUCUCUGAUGUCCACCAUCAGCCAGCUCUCACCUGUGGCUUUAAGAAACAAGAACAAGGCCACACCCUGGUACAACUGUCUCGGAACUCAAGCUAAACUAGAUUGGAGCUAACCAAUAGGCUCAAAUAUAUCAGUAAAUUAGGGGGAUUCUGUCCCCAGCAUAUGAAGAGUUUCUCCAGUAAAAUUAGCAGCUGAGAACAAUAUGUUCCAGUGGCCAUGAAGACAGUGCUCAGAGUUUAGCCAAACAUGGAAGACCCCAAGGCCGUGACCAGUUGGCUUGACUAUUGUCUUGCCUUUGGACUUGGGGCUUUCUAAAAGAGAGAAUGGGGCUAAUGAAUUUAUCUAACUUUUGACUCAGUUAAAUCUAAUUCAUGCCACAAGUCAAGAUGUCAUCCCAUGAUGUCAUUGGUCUUCUUUGCAAAGGAAGGACAAACAGUAGUUCUCAUCACAUUCUUGUUUGCUUCCUCCCUCAUGACAGAAAAAAUACAUACGUAUAUGGAGAUAUAUAUUUUUUACAUUCUAAUACAUCCUCUAGCCAGCUAUGACUCAUUAUUCCAUCUCUCCCAAUGCUUCCUUCCUCCCAGAUCUACUUUUUAUCCCUAACAUGAUGCUCCAUUCCUCAGUAUUUGGUCAGGUUAUCAUCCACACGCUGACUUCAAUUUCCCUCCUUCACAAACUUGACCCCAUAGUUAACCACCACACCAUUAAACUAUUUUCUAUUCUUAAAACUCUUGAAUUCUUAUGUAUCAUUGCUUGUUCCUUUUCAAACUGUAAGCCUUUCCACUAUCUACAUCCUCAGCUCCUACUGCUGAAAAAGAAAUCAUACAAUCAUGGCUCCCCAUCAGUUUAUGUUGUCUAAUCUCAAGAAGACUCUCUCACUAUUACAAAGCAUCCAUGUCUGGGAAUUCAUAGCCUCUCACAACCACAAGGUUGCCUUAUCUCAUGGUCUUUGGUCCAUGAGUGUGAGAGCCCACAAAACAGAAGAGGCAAUCAAUAAGUCCAGUAUUUGAUCAUUUAGGCCAACUCCAUGGAGUUCACACUGUCAUAUAGUAAAUGAGCACUUAUUAAGCACUUAAUAUUUGUCAGAUAUAACAGAAAGCCUUGUGGAUUAUUCCAUAAAAGUCCUAACAUCCUCAAGAAAUGAGAGAGAGAGUAGUCAAUCCUUCUAAAGUCUACUAAUCAUUUCUUAUUCAAAGGCUAAUUCUUUUUCAUGUAACCCACAAAUCACAAGAACCAAAGGACUUCCGUUCACACAUGUCUUUCAGCAAAUAGCCAGGGGAUGUGUGUCUUACAGAGGAAAUUAUCUGAUCUAAAGGACCACCAGAAGAAGUCAGGGCACCUGCUUCACUCCUUGGAGAACAAGAGCAAUUCCUAUAUCUACAACCCAAUGGAAUGGAAACCACUCUAUGAAAAACUAUAGUGGAAGUACUCAUUUGGCGAUUAUAAUUAAUCAGUAGUCAUUGCUGAUAGAAAUUUGCACCUGGGACAAAAGUUUGCUGCUGCUUGUGACACAUCCCAGCUUCCCUCUGCAGACAGUGUCACUAUCACAGUGACUUGAUAAUCACAUCUCAUGGGAGAGAUGAGAUCAUACAUGGUUACAUCUAUAACCCAAGUCCUGGUCACUAUUCACACUCGCCUAUGCCCAUCUCCUGAUCGCCCACAUCUCAACUCUCUUCCCCAGCAGCAGAGAUCAACCUGGUUUUCUUUUGUUAUCUGCUGUGCACUUGCCAGGUCACUUUGAAUCAAACAGCACAUCUUCUGCUAAAACAUCUAAGGAAUGAUUUCUCACAAUGAAGCCUUGGGGAUUGUCUAUCUGAACCUGACAGUACUUGGAAUCCUGGGGAACUCUUUUCUCCUUUAUUUAUACGGCCAUAAAUCCAUCACCAGUCAUAGGACAAGACCCAUAAACAUUAUUGUCAUUCACGUGGCCUUUUCCAAUUCCAUGCUGAUUCUCUUUGGAGGAGUCCCCAAGAUAAUACAGGUCUGGGUCCUGAAAUCUUUCCUUGAUUGUUAUGAAGUUAAAAUCCUAAAUUACUUCAUGCGAGCAGCCCGUGGUCUUUCCCUCUGUAGCUCUUGCCUCCUAAGUGUCUCCCAGGCCAUCACCAUCAGUCCCUAUAAUUCCAUAUGGGCAGGGUUCAAGGCUAGAGUCCCAAAAUGCACUCUCCCCUGCUGUCUCCUCUGCUGGAUUCUCAACCUACUGAUAGCCAUCUUCAUUCCUGUAUAUGUCACCUGCCCACAAAAUAGCAGCAAGGACAGGUGGAAUAUUUGGUCUAGCUCUUUGAACUUGCAUGCAAUAAAUACUAUAAAAAUUGCAAUCUGGAAAUCUAUUUAUGACAGCGUGUUUGUCGUUCUCAUGGCCUUUACCAGUGGCUACAUGGUUUCUGUCCUGUAUAGACAUCACCGGCGGGCCCAGCGCAUUCGCAGAACCAACGUGUUCCUCAGGACCUCCCCGGAGACCAGAGCUACCAAAGCCAUCUUGCUACUGAUGAUCUUUUUUGUCUGCUUUACCUUCAUCAGCUCUCCUUUUAGUGUUCAUCUGGUAUAUUCUGAAAACACUAAGAAUUGGGUGAUAAAUGGCAUGAUCAUUCUGUCCCUGUGUUAUCCUGCAGUAAGUCCCUUUAUACUGAUCAGAAGUGAUUCUCAGAUCACCUGGACCUGUCAUGGCCUCUGA